UUCUUCUUCUUCCCCUCCUAACAUAAACCCUAAUCUUGGGGAGCUCUGCACAGUUUGCAGAUCGUCAGAUCCGAUUCUGCGUACCAUAUUAAGCCGGAGCAAUUGCUCGUGAUCCAUGACAUCUAAUUUUGUGAAACUCAGCACUCAAUAUAUUUGCAAGUUCACCCGUGCGACUAGCUUACAAGCUCAUCAUACUGAUAUGGUUCAAAAGGUUUCGGUUUUGAAAGAGGAGCUUUUAACGAUUGGUAACAGUAAGGAAAAGUUCAGGGACGUUUUGGAUCAGAAUGGGCAAUGGUUGUUUAGAAGUUAUCGUGAUGGCGCUGGGAUUAUAGAACUUAUGGAUCAACUCUUCCCUCGUCAUUACUUGGCUCUUCAGGUUUUAGACUGGAGGAGAAGCCAAACGGAUUAUUGUAUCCCUUUGACAUCGGAGGAGUAUGCGAAAGGAAUCAAGAUUGCGGGUCGAGCUAGGGAUGUAAACCUUGCAGUCUAUCUUUUCGAUGAGGCGGCUAAGAAAAGAAUACAGACAGCUUCAGUUUAUAAUGCUUUGAUGAGUGUUUACAUGUGGAACGGGUUUGCUGAUGAAUGUCAAUCACUUUUUCGAGAUUUCACGAGGCAAACGCAUUGUGCUCCGACCAUUGUGACCUAUAAUAUUCUAAUAUCAGUUUAUGGUCGGCUUCUGAUGGUAAAGAAUAUGGAAGCAGCUUUCGAAGAAUUACAAAAACUGAAGCUUUCUCCAAAUUCUGUCACUUACAACUUUCUAAUUGCGGGUUAUGUGACUGCCUGGAACUGGGAUAAAAUGGAAGCUACUUUCCGAGAAAUGAAGAGUGGUCCAGUUGAGCCUGACACCGACACUUAUCAGCUAAUGCUUCGUGGGUAUGCAAAUUCGGGGAAUUUGGAAAAGAUGGAAGAAAUGUAUGGAGCGAUUAAAGAUCAGGUUGGUUUAAACAGUGGUCCUUUGGUCAGAGCCAUGAUCUCUGCAUACUGUAAGAAGUCUGUUGAGGAUAGAGUUCAAAAGAUUGAAAAUUUAUUGAGUCUUCUCCCUGGGGAGGAAUAUCUUCCUUGGUUGAAUGUACUUUUGAUUCGACUAUAUGCUCAAGAAGACAUUGUAGAAGCAAUGGAGAAUAAAAUCAACGAAGCAUUUGAGCAUAAGACAUGUGUUAAUAAGUCGAGUAUUAUGCGGGCGAUCAUUACAGCUUACUUCAGGUGUAAUGAAGUUGACAAUCUUGCUAAUUUUGUCAAGCGUGCUGAGUCUGCUGGAUGGAAACUAUGCAGGUCUCUUUACCACUGUAAGAUCAUAAUGUACGGAUCCCAAAAACGCUUUGAAGAAAUGGAAGGUGUUGUAAAUGAGAUGGCACAAACUAACUAUGGGCUUGUAACUAAAACGUUUGCCAUUAUGUAUAAGGCUUAUAAAAGCCAUGGAAUGGAGUCAGAUGCUGAGAAAGUGAAAGGAAAGAUGCUGAAACUUGGGCUUUAGAUGCACUUCAUAUUGCGCAAAGAAUUCUGUUGUAUCAGUUUGUUCAGCGUCUUUAUCAACUGUGAGCUCAGACCAAACAGAGUAACAAAUGGCUGUAGAACUAUGCCCAAUGAAGCUCAAUAAAAUAUGCUGGCUAAGCUUCCAUAAUCCGUCAUUGGGGUUUUGGGAUGAGACUAACGCAUGUUUCUUUUCCCGUCAUGAGUGACUCAACCAUCACUGUUCUGCCAUAGUUGUACAUGUUACUGGCAGGGUUUGACAUUUCCGUUGCACAUUUUGAUACUGUUGGCGGAUAAGAAACAACAGUAAAACAAAUUCGAUACGAGUCAUGAAGAACAGUGCCUGCCCUAUCUGGGCGUUCUUGCCUGUGUUGCUGAUAGGAUUAGAACUUAGAAGAGCUAUAAUUUUCUUCUUUUUGAAGGCUUUGCCAAGUAAAGUUAUUUCCUUAAGAGAAACCUGUUUGCAGUGGGUUUCUCUUUCAGCCAUCUGUGUUGUUAGGCUAUCAAUACUCUUACCUUGGCAUAUUGCUCUGUUGUUUAGCUUGAGCCCUGUUCGUAAUUAUGAGGAAACAGAUAGCUCACCUACCCAUAAUGUUUCAGUAUAGUGGUAACACAUUUGCUCAUUGAGUUCUCACGAGUAAAGCCAUGGAACUUAUAAUUUAUGAUGAUUCUUUGUUUUUUUUGUCA